CCACAACGCCAAACGGCUGCAAAGCCAUUGAUGGUCACAUCUGUGGUCGGUGAGUGUACCUAACACUGCCGAGCCGUUCGGGUCAUGGAGUUGGCUCGGGGAAAGAUACAUAGGAUCCAAUUCCGUCCACCAAGUCACUCUCGAGUUCAGUCUCGACAAACGGCUCGCGUUUUCAUACUGUGCAAAACAUAUUCAAACGUUUCUUGGGGAACUUCUCGAGGCACAGAUUCCCUUUCCAAAAACAUAAACCAUGAAUCCAAACUCCCAACCCCCACCCAAGUACUUCAAUAGACCCAUUAAACAGCGCCAAAAAGAGUAUUGUCAGUGCCAAAAGCUUGAAUCUGUCUGGUCGUCACUCUCAACAGUCCAAUGAGAGUUUUGGGGGAAUUUUCGUUGCUUCUUCUCUUUUGGGUUACUGCCGUUCGAGGUUCUGAUAGUCUUCUUUCUCCUAAGGGUAUUAACUAUGAAGUGGCUGCAUUGAUGUCUAUGAAGAAUAAAAUGAUUGAUGAAGAUCAUGUGCUUGAUGGCUGGGACAUAAAUUCUGUUGAUCCGUGCACUUGGAACAUGGUUGCUUGCUCUCCUGAUGGCUUUGUGAUUUCUCUUGAAAUGGGGAGUGUGGGAUUGUCAGGUACACUUUCGCCAAGUAUAGGGAACUUGAGUCAUCUUCAGGCAAUGUUACUGCAGAACAACCAGUUAUGUGGCCCUAUUCCAUCUGAGAUUGGGAAGCUUUCAGAAUUACAAACUAUUGACCUUUCUGGUAAUCAGUUUACUGGUCAAAUUCCGACAUCUUUGGGUUUCCUGACGAAUCUAAAUUACUUGCGGCUUAGUAAAAACAAGUUAUCUGGAGAGAUUCCAACAGCUGUUGCAAAUCUUACGGGUUUAUCAUUCUUGGACUUGUCAUUCAACAAUCUAAGUGGUCCAGUGCCGAAGAUACUGGCUAAAGACUACAGUAUCACAGGGAACAGCUUGCUCUGCUCUUCAUUAUCAAAGCUAACUUGCAUUGGAGUCACAACACCUGCCAAUGACACUAGUUCACAUCGCAAAGUCAGCAAUCAUCAUCGAUGGGUAAUUUCUGCUGCUAUAGGAGUAUGCUGCACAAUGUUGGUUCUCAUCAUGCUGCUUGUCUUCGGGGUGCAUUGGUACAGAUCUCGUCUUCUAUUCCCAUCAUAUGUACAACAAGACUAUGAAUUCGACAUCGGUCAUCUGAAGAGAUUUUCAUUCCGGGAACUGCAAAUUGCUACAAGCAAUUUUAGUCCUAAAAACAUCCUAGGACAAGGUGGAUUUGGAGUUGUCUAUAAAGGUUAUCUUCCCAACAGAACAGUGGUGGCAGUCAAAAGGAUGAAAGAUCCAAAUUUCACUGGAGAAACCCAGUUUCAGACUGAAGUUGAGAUGAUUGGCUUGGCUUUGCACCGAAACCUUCUGCGUUUGUAUGGCUUUUGUAUGACAGCUAAUGAGAAGUUGCUUGUUUAUCCGUACAUGCCAAAUGGGAGUGUUGCUGAUCGCUUGCGAGAUACCUGUCAGGAAAAGCCAUCUUUGGAUUGGGACAAACGCAUGCACAUUGCCCUUGGUGCAGCUCGUGGGCUUGUAUACUUACAUGAGCAAUGCAAUCCCAAAAUAAUUCACAGGGAUGUCAAAGCUGCAAAUAUUCUGCUUGAUGAGAGUUUUGAAGCAGUCGUUGGGGAUUUUGGUCUUGCUAAGUUACUUGAUCUUAGAGAUACACACGUCACAACUGCAGUUCGGGGUACUGUUGGACACAUUGCUCCCGAAUAUCUUUUAACUGGACAAUCAUCUGAGAAAUCUGAUGUCUUUGGCUUUGGCAUAUUGCUUUUGGAACUCAUAACCGGGCAAAAAGCGUUAGAUGCUGGAAAUGGUCAUGUUCAAAAGGGAAUGAUCCUUGAACGGGUUAGGACCUUGCAUGCGGACAAGAGACUGGACGUUCUGGUUGACAGGGAUCUGAAAGGAUGUUUUAAAUCUGAUGAACUAGAAAAAGCUGUAGAAGUCGCCCUUCAUUGUACUCGACCAAACCCCAACUUCCGGCCAAAGAUGUCAGACGUUUUCAAGGUUCUAGAGAGUAUUGCUGGGAAACCAGGACAUACGGAAGAAUCACAAGGUGUAAAGAACAGUUGUGAUGGACAAACUUGUACUUUCUCUCAAAACUAUGGUACCAUCCGUGAAGAAUCUUCCUUCAUUGUAGAAUCAAUCGAGCUUUCUGGACCCAGAUGACAGACUUGGCUUGAAGUCGGAUAUUUGUUCUUUAGGCUGAUUCAUGCCUUUCCAGCAUCUUUAUAUGUUCUGAGCUGCCUAAGAAACCAUGUCCAGUGUACAUAAAUUGAACUGCUUAUAUUCCUGGGGGGGGGGGGGGGGGGGGGGGGGGGGGUGAUUUUGCACACUUAUCACAUUUUUUUUGUUUAGGUUUGCUUGUACUUGGGAAAUUGUGGAUGAUUUUGCGAUGGUUGCCGGUAAAAAAUUGCUGCCAUGCAUGCACUUGCAAAGACUGAGGUACAGAAUGGAUCUGCAUGUUUCCUCUCUUC